AACAACUUACAAUGGCGGCUUUGGUAAGCUAUGGAAGCAGCGACGAAGAGGACAGUUUGCAAGAAGAGGACCCUAAAAUCCCAGGUCGAAAAACAUACCUCUUCACAAACCACCUCUACAAAUGGCGUCAAGUCUGACAUUCAUCAGAAUGGGCAUGCGCUUUCUGAACAUGCACCCGGAAACGAUGCACCUCUGGUAGGCCCAUCACUGGGACCUAUAGAUAUCCCCACAGAGUUAUUGCUACCUGAAGACGACGAAACUAUGGCGCCUCAAUCACCAUAUUCUGCGAAUCGAGCUCUAUUACGGGAUUUAACUCUUCCUACGAAUCCAAAUUACGACAUUCCGCCGUCUCCUCCCGGAUCACCAAUGGAAAGCACGAAUUCGAAGUUCAAGCACUUUCUCGAGUUGAAGAAACAAGGGGUACAUUUCAAUGAAAAAUUGGCCAAGUCAUCUGCGCUCAAGAACCCAAGUCUCAUGCAAAAGCUGAUGACCUUUGCGGAUAUUGAUGAGGUUGGUCAGUAUGCGACUACUGUACCCAAAGACCUCUGGAACCCCGAUGCCUUUCCCGAAUACGCGUUCAAAGAAGAACUUGCGCACAGUCAGCAAAAGAUCCGAAAGAGGAAGGAAGAUGAGAACGCCAAAGGUCAGAGAGACAGCAUCGAUUUCGUCCCUGCUGCUGCUUCGUCUGAACCACUGAGCAGGAGCGGAACGCCUGGGACAGGUGGAAGGACGGGUCAAAAAAGCGCUGCUGAGAGAAUCAUGGCAGGACUGGACAGGGGACGAUCAAAUUCGCCGCAGGUUCAAGGCACCAAACGAAAGACUCGAUUCGACAGUUGAAGAUGCGCUUAUACAACUGGUUUCAACUCGUGUCAAUCUGAGCAGACAUCUCCCGCAACAGUCAGUAGCAAACUGCACCUGACUACAAGAAUGACUUGGCUCUCGAAACAAUGUCAAUGUCUGGAAGCAUCACGGGCUACAGUCAUUUCAAGAAGUGCUAACUGCAGCGACUUCCAUUCGCAAGGCUGUCGUCACAAGGCUAGGUCACGGGGAGGCCUUGGUCACGGCCACUUAAAUAGGGGUCAAAGAAUCGCCCCUGAAUCUGCGUCCCAUAGCCGGCUAGAUAAAUACGAACAUGUCAAUCGACGUGCAAUAAUUUGAAACUGAGAAAACAGAAACUUUGCC